GCUAGGCGGAGCGCGGCGGCCGAGGGCUGUGUGACUACGUUUCUAGGCGACGCCCGUCAAAGUCUAUUAAGUGUUGAGGAAGAGUUGGGUCACAUGUGAAUGGGAGCAGCAAGAUGGCAAAGGCUGUGAGGGAGUGACAUGGUGGCAGUCUGGUGUUGGCUCCCCAGCAAAUUUGCAUUUUACCAGCUUUCCGCACUGUGUCAUUUGUGGGCUGAGGCACCUGCGAAGAUCAGUGCCUCCUCACAGGAGCCCAAGUGAAGAAACAGGCGAUCACCAAUGCAUUUGCGUAGGCCUCCUCUAUGGCCUGCUACGACUUCAGCAGUCUUUGGACGAUGGGGAGCCAGACCGACAAGGCACCCGCCUCAGGCCACUCUGGCCUUGGCCAGAGGACCAGGUGGGAGGGCGCUGGACUGGGCUCAUUCCUGGCAUCCUGAGGUCAUCACUGCUCCUGCCUGAGGCCCUUUCCCUUGACUGGCGGCUGUGCUUUUAUGCAGGCCCUGGGGAAGAGAGUCUGGAAAGCCAGCCUCACAGGUAAUGAAAACAGACUGCUUCUGGCAAUGGAGUAGCUUACGGCAGACCAAUGCCUGAUGAGGACUCAAGGAACUGGCCAUAAUUCAGAAGGCAUCUGCUUGUAGGACUGGAGCACUACCCCGGCACCUGCAACUCUGAGGGGAGCUUGAAGAGCAGCGAAAGGAGAAAAUUGGUACUGAAGAGUAUUGAUUCUUGGCAGAAUUCGUGUUGUCUUUGUAAAAGUCAAGUUUCAGGUGAGUGUGCCUGGUGCCCCAAGGGCUGUGUGACCCGUGGCCUGUGGAAGGUGGGUACCAGGCCCAGAAGCCCCGUGGAGUCCCUCUUGGUGACCGUGGCCACCCUGGGAAGAGCCCUGGCCAAUCCCAGAGGGGAGGGCGGCUGGAGCGGGGAGGGCGGUGAGCUGGUGCCCCACCCACAGCGCCAGGGGCUUCCUAGGCUGGCGACCCUCACAGGGGCUCAUCUGCUGGCAGGUGAGGAGCGAGAAGAUCCAGCGCCUGUUACUUGGCGCUUGGUGUCUGGCUCUCUGCACGCUGGUGAGAGGGCUCAGAGGCUCACCCUGGCCUGCUCGGCACAGCCCACAAAGACAGGGUUUACUCAGCCUUGGGCUCUGCUAGCUCUGCCCAGCUGGACUCAGGGAGGCCAGAGUGCUGAGUCUGCCACCCUCAGGCCCACAUGUGAACAUUUCUCCUGAUCCAGAAUGAGGGGUGCCAGGCUGAUGGGGGUGCUGCUCGCCCUGGCUGGCAUGCUGCAGCAGGCCCUGUCCCUGAGAAUAGCAGCCUUCAACAUCCAGACUUUUGGGGAGACCAAGAUGUCCAAUGCUACCCUUUCCAACUACAUUGUGCAGAUCCUGAGUCGCUAUGAUAUCGCCCUCGUCCAGGAGGUCAGAGACAACCACCUGACGGCCGUAGGGAGGCUGCUGGACAAACUCAACCAGGAUGACCCAAACACCUAUCACUAUGUGGUCAGUGAGCCGCUGGGACGCAACAGCUAUAAGGAGCGCUACCUCUUCCUGUUCAGACCCGACCAGGUUUCCGUGCUGGACAGCUACCAGUACGAUGAUGGCUGUGAGCCCUGUGGUAAUGACAGCUUCAGCAGAGAGCCAGCUGUGGUCAAGUUCUCCUCCCCCUUCACACAGAUCAAGGAGUUUGCCAUUGUUCCCCUGCAUGCGGCCCCAUCGGAUGCAGUGGCUGAGAUCGACUCUCUCUAUGAUGUCUACCUGGAUGUCUGGCAUAAGUGGGACUUGGAGGAUGUCAUGUUGAUGGGUGAUUUCAACGCUGGCUGCAGCUACGUGACUCCCUCGCAAUGGUCAUCUAUCCGCCUGCACAGGAGCCCCCCUUUCCAGUGGCUGAUUCCAGACACUGCCGACACCACUGUUACAUCCACACACUGUGCCUACGACAGGAUCGUCGUUGCAGGAUCUCUGCUCCAAGGUGCUGUGGUUCCCAACUCAGCUGCUCCCUUUGACUUCCAAGCUGCAUAUGGACUGAGUGACCAGAUGGCCCUAGCCAUCAGCGACCAUUACCCGGUGGAGGUGACGCUGAAGAGAGCCUGACGUGAGUGGGGCCUGGCGACCUCCGCUCUGCAGCCUAUCGCCAAGAACUGCCAAAGGCUGGGGACAGUUUAGAAACCAGUGCCUGGUCCUGAGUGCCCCUGCCCCUCCCCACCACCGUGGCAGCUGGAAUUAGAGGAAGGGUCCACUUCCAAGUCCUACAGCAACUGUCUUAAGACCCGCCAGGACUGGCCACCCCAUUUCCCCUGGCCCAGCCUCUCUUCCUCAAUCUUGUGUCCAUCUUUCCUGCAGACGGUGCUCUCACCCACCCCCUCCCUGUGGCUCCCUCUGGCCUUUAUUUCAUCAAAUACACCUUUUUUCACCGAGCCCCACAGGCUUCAGGCCUCCUCACUUAACGCCAGAGACUCUCCUGGGCCUGCUGGGCCCAUGGCCGCCCCCUUCCCGGCAGCACAGUAAGGAUCCAGCUCCACAACUUCCUGACCUGCGGAAGCGCUCUGCCUGUUUCCUUCAAAGGACAUGGACGAGAAUUCUACCUACCUCCUAAGCCACCUUAAAUGAGUCACCGCUGUAAAGCAUGGACACGCUCAGAGCUGGAUCAGUGGGUUCCUAGCUCAUUAAAGCCUACCCAGAACCCCCACUGAGAACCCAAGCUGGACCGUACGCCCUUGUGUCCUCAGCCACUGCAGCUCCUCUAGGCCUGGACGAGGAUGGCCUGGGGGAGGCUACCUGGGGACACCUCUUCUCUGCUUCUGUCUGCCCACCAGGCCCUCAGCUGCUCACCUUCCACUUUCUUGGUUCCAAGUGCUCUACAAAGUGGAGGCGAAGUCAAGCUUACCCACCCCGCCUCAGCAACUCCCUGGGCACAUGUGGCUACGUGCUCACGAGUGCACACAUGCAGGAGCGGCAGGCUGGCCAGCUGUGCAGUCACCAAGGGCCAUGGUGGCUGGGUGGUGGCCCGUCUUUGGGAG